AUGAAGGCAAUUUCCAGUCUUUUGUUGUGCGGUGCCACUGGCAGGGUUGGUGACUUCCUUGCUCUCUUGCCCACCGUGUCUCCCGUUGCUCCCUUUAUGCUUCUUCCCACUGCCCUCUUUUUGUCUCAUCGCAAGGAACAGAUUCUGCGGCUGUUGCCGCAUCGCCGUCACCUAUUUGAGCUUUUUGCUCCCAUGGAGGAUGUGCUCACUGCGGAACUCGGCCCAGUGUCGGUGGGGCACCGCGCUGCACUUGGGGAGCUGAAGCGUCGCCUCGGUAUCUGCCACACGGACUUUGACUGCUGGCUGUACGCGUUCCUCGAGAACAAGAAGUUCGAUGUUGAUGAGACCAUCGAGAAGCUCCAGCGGCGCGCCGCAAUGGAGGUGCAGGAGCUUGGUGCGCACGAAAUUACUGCGUUGGGCAGCAGUGUCGGUGUUGAUGGGAACGCUUGCUGCACCAAUGAUGGGAUGGCCCGCGGCGUCAUCCAAAUUAUCGGCUGCGACAGGCGCGGGCGUGUGUGCCUGUACGUGAACACGGUGCGGGACACCUGUGAGAAGAGCCUACGCGCCGAGAAAACACGGACCUUUGAUGCGAUCUUGAGCUAUGCGACGCGCCUGCGGCGUGAUCACAAGAGUUGCCGCGUGGUGAUGCUUGUGAACCAGAAGGAUGCGAGUUUGUUGAAGAAUAUUGAUCUUCCCUUCCAGGUCUCCAUUGCGCUGCGCAUUAGCAAGUACUACCCGGGGCUGGUGGAGAGGAUAUACAUUGUGAACAUGUCCCGCCUCCUGGCGGUGGUGGCCAAAUCGGUCUUCAAGGGGUUGCCGAGAGACGUCUCAGAGCGCAUUUGCAUCGUGUCGGAGACGGAAAUGAAGCAGGGCGCGCUGUUGCAGUGGUUUGACGCCGCAGUCAUCCCUGUGGCGUUGGGAGGGACGAUGGACAGGGACACACCAGAGCACUGGCGGGCGUUUGCGGACACCGUGAUGAGACACUUCCGUCACCUUCAGGACGCCGUAGUGCUGCGCGGUAUGAGCGUGAAGGAGUGGGAGCUGGAGGAGCUGCAGCGGGAUGGGGCCGGUGGCGGAGGUGUGGAGGAGUCGUCGGUGGCACACGCGCCUCAGCUUUUUGACGCGGCAGAACAGCACCGGAACGUGAGUGGGGCUCUUUUGGCGCCACGGGCCAGCUUGAGCAGCGGAGAGGCGGCCUGGCGGGCGUGGAGCCCAGGCGACUUGCAGCUGCGUGAGUGCCUUGCCCUAGAGCAGGCGUACGCAAUUUCCCGCAACGAGAUUGUGGAGAGCGAAUGUUUGCAGCGGAGCAGCGUCGUACAGCCCGCGUGGGAGGUGCUCCGGCGCCAGCAAUGGCUGCAAUGCCAUGUGCGGUCGAGGCACCAUCGGUUGGCUGUUUCCCUUGCAGAGGAGCGUAGAUGGAUGGUCCACGUCACCGGUGCUGCUGGUGCCCUUGUGGCUGUGGUGAGUGUUGGCGUGCUUUACUUCUGUUGCCUUUUGCAUACGUGGAUGUGGUGUCUCUUUGGCGCCUGGUGGGCCCACGCGGGUUAG